AAUGACGUCACCCGGCGGAGCAACUCAUAACACUGACCGAACGGUGGAACAAACUUUUGCUUUUAACGACUAUUUUUAACUUACCGCUUAUUCUGAAAGUGGAUCAUGUCGGUGAAUUACGCCGCUGGACUCUCUCCGUAUGCGGAUAAAGGCAUCUGCGGCCUCCCUGAGGUGUUUGAUAGCUCAGAGGAGUUGAAGAGUAAAGUAGAGACUCUGGCCCAGUUGAUCAGGGAGUCUCAGUACAUGGUGGUGCAUUCGGGAGCAGGAAUCAGCACUUCUACGGGGAUCCCGGAUUUCAGAGGUCCUAAUGGAGUGUGGACAAUGGAGGAGCGAGGAGAGGCACCUCACUUUAACACCACGUUUGAGGAGGCGCGUCCCAGUCUGACUCACAUGGCUCUACUGCAGCUCCAGAGAGCAGGAUACCUCAAAUACCUCAUCAGCCAGAAUGUAGAUGGUCUUCACCUGCGCUCCGGCUUCCCUAGGGAUCGGUUGUCAGAACUCCACGGGAACAUGUUUGUUGAAGAAUGUGAGAAAUGUGGCAAGCAAUACGUUCGGGAUACAGUAAUUGGAGUGAUGGGGCUGAAGCCAACGGGACGCUUCUGCGAGGUCAUGCGUUCCAGAGGACUCCGAUCUUGCAGAGGCAAGCUGAUCAGCACUAUAUUGGACUGGGAGGACUCGCUGCCCGACAGAGACCUGAACAGAGCUGAUGAAGCAUCCAGACGAGCAGACCUGGCCUUGACGUUAGGCACAUCUCUUCAAAUUAAACCCAGUGGAGAUCUGCCUCUUCUAACCAAACGCACAGGAGGAAAGGUGGUUAUAGUCAACUUACAGCCAACCAAACAUGACAAGCAUGCCCAUCUGCGUAUCCACGGCUAUGUAGACGAGGUCAUGGGUCAGCUGAUGAAGCUGCUGGGAUUGGAGGUUCCAGAGUGGACGGGGCCAACGCUGUGUGAAAACUCAGGUGGAGAUCUGGACAUCCUUCCUUAUGGAGCCUGGAAAAAGGAAGUGAAGAUUGAGCUGAAGAUAGAGGAGAAUAAACACGUUGUACCAAAGAAAAGAAAGAAGAUAUCACAGGAUGUUGAGAGAAAUCUCAAGAAAGAUGUUAAAGAAGAGGACACAGAAAUGAAGACAACUUCAACGUUCAAACUGAAAGAUGCUCAAGUCUUUAGUGACUCUCAGCCAAUCAAAAGACAGAACUCUGAUUGUGAGACACAUCCUUCAAAUGGCUCCUGUUCUUCCAACAUGAACACAUGAAAGCACAAACCAACAUGUAACCUCCCUCAUCCUAGAGCCGUUAAACUUGUCCUACAAGUAUACACAGUACAGAACAUGCUCUGUGUUUUUACAUCCUGAUAUAUUUACCAUUUACAUCUCGCACAGACUAGACUCAAGACUAUUAAAGGAGCAGUUCACCCAAAAAAUCUGUUCUCUCAUCUACUCUCUCUCUCAUGUCAUCCCAAACCCAUAUGACUUUCUUUCUUAUGCGGAACACAAAAGGAGAUGUUGUAAUGAAUAUCUUGGUCCGUCUUCUCAAUACAGUGGCAUUUUUGGGUGAAUUGUCCCUUUAAACGCUAAGAGUCUGCUCACUUUUUCAUAUGGAUAUUGAGCAGAAGGAGGAAGAGAUGUCAUAGGAGUGCGUGUGUGUACUGUGUUAGUGGACAUUGUAGGUGAAUAAUGAAUUAUAUGUUCUGGCUGAUCUGAUAAAACAUCUAUACAGUGAUUCUGGAUAGAAGAUUUGGCAAUGUAUGGUUUUGUACAGUAAAAAUAAAGACAAUUAUAACCUCAAAUCAGGGUUGUAAAAGCAAGAUUUACUACAUGAGUGAGUUACUCACGAAACUGUCAUGAACAUGUCCAGAUCAUAUUUCAACCCAAAAUCAAAAGAGAGAUGCAAGUAAAUAUAUUUUGCAUAAAGAAAAUUAAGCUUGUUUUUAGUACCAAUUUAAAUAUUUGGCAUUGUGUCAUUAUUUUCAUGACAGUCAACAACAUUUCCCACCAAUGAUUCUGAUUACUGUUAACCUACUGAGUUUUUUUUAAAUUAUUAUUUAUUUAUUUUUAUUCUCAUUAUUCUCAAUAAAGAUACUUGUUAGAUUCUUAUUAUGUAAAUCCGUUUUUACUAGGGCUGCCCCCAACCAAAGAUUUUCCUAGUGACGAUAUUAUUAUUAUUAUUAUUAGGCUAUUAUUAUCAAAUUAAUAUUACAAAUAAUUUCCCCGUAGACACACAGACACGCGCUUGAAGAAACACACUUUAUUAUAUUAUUAAGAACAGAUGACAGAAAAGCCAUCUAUGCGCAUGUAUCACAUGCUGUUUGUACGGAGGCGCGCAGUCUCGUGGAACACGCGCAUGUAAAAGUUUCUCACUUUUUUGUUUCUGUCUUGUGAAUUUAUUUUUAGUAUCGUUUAUGAGUGCUGCAAAUGACUUCAAACAUCUCAGCUCAGGAGGUGCUUUGAGUUCAGUUUGCUUUAUUUCCACAGAGCAGUUCAUUGUGACCACAACUCUGCUUGCUCGUGAAGGAGGGAACAAAAUGAAUUUAUUCACACACAUGAUGUAUUUUCCCGGACAACGAAAUACCCGACCGGUAGAAAAUGCACAGAUGAAAUAGGUUCUUAAUAUAUGUCAGCUGUUGUAAAACCAUCUUUCAAAAAGUUGAACAACACACAUUUUAAUUGCACUUAUUUAUUUGUUUUCCAGUUUCAUUUGAAUUUUUAGUUAAAAUAAAUAAAGCUCAAAGUUUGAAAUCAAGGUGUCUUGCUUUAUUGUGUAGGCUUAACACAAAACCGGCUUAAUGAAAAUUACCCCAUAGUACCACUUUGUCGGUUUCCUGUGGAGUUAUUUCUGCGACCAACCAACCAAUCAAAACUUGGUCGACCAAGACUCUUCUCGUUGACUAACGUUUGGUCGACUAUCAGGGGGUAGCCCUAGUUUUUACAGUAUUACAGUUGAAAAUAUUGUAAUUCAAUUGUAACAAGUUCACAAGGAGGGGAAAGGAGGAAGCGGGAGAUGGCAAAAUCCAACUCAAAAGGUAAUUUAUUUACACAACUUUUCAGUCUAAACAUAAAUGUUUGCUUUUCAGCUUCAUUAGAACGAUCACACACAUAAGCACUGCUGCGUCCGUCUCUCUCACCUCUCUGGUGUCUGGCUCAAUCUUAAACACCUCUCCAACUCUCAGCUGUUAUAGAUAAUCAAUCACAGGUGGGGAUCCCUACUGUUCUCAUCUCCCAAUCUUGCUCUCGAUUCACAAGCGGAGUUCAACCACUCCCCCACCUCCACAGCAAUAUUUCAUUUAAAUAAGCAUAUAUUAACAAAUAUUCCCAAGAUAUUCCCAAGUACUUUUCUUUUAUUAUUAUUUGUAUUAUUCUUUCGCAUUAAAGUAUGACGAUGAGACUUCUUCACAUUACAUUAAUACGAAUUUUGGGGGAAAUGUGCUUGAUUGUAAUGAAAAUAAAGUCAAUGCAAUUUUAUGUCUUUACUGUAUUUUUGCAAAAUUAUUUUUUUAAUUAUUAUUAUUAUUAUAGUAUAGGGGUGAAAUAUGACCAAGACAUGUCAGUGACAGGUUUCAUUAGACUCAUCUUUAAAGGAAUAAACAGUAAAGUACUUAGAAAACUGCAAUGUGGAUUAUUAGAUUUGCUAGACUUACACAUGGUUUGAACAUUUCUGUGUAUUUGGAGAGACUGUGAGGGGUUGUGGGCUAUUCGUAUUAAUCAUAUAACAUUUUAUGCUUCAUAUCUUCCUCUCCUUUAACUGCUGAUGUUUCCACAUUGAUGGGUUUGUUAUUGUGUUUUUGUUAUAUUCAGCUAUGUUAUGUGAUUUUUUUUUCUUAAAGACUUGGCUGUUUAUUAACAAGAUACUGAAACUGAACCUGUCUACUGUGUCAUCUUAUUUUAAGAGAUAGUUCACCCAAAAAUGAAAGUUCUCAUUAUUUACUCACCCUCAUGAUAUCCCAGGUGUGUAUGACUUUCUUUCCUCCUCAGAACACAUUUGAAGAAAAACAGAAAACUGUCUAAGGUCAGUAGGUCCUUAAAAUGCAAAUGAACGGAGAUUACUCUUUUGAUGCUCCAAAAAUCACAGACAGUCAGCAUAAACGUCAUCCGUAUGACACCAGCUGUUAAAUGUAUGUAUUCUAAAGCGACAUGAUCACUUUUGGUGUGAAAAAGAUAAAUAUUUAAGUAUUUAAAUUUUUAAGUACUCUAAAUCAUUCUUCUGUUCUGCAGCGGUAAGCGUGUGUGACGUAAUCGCAUUGGCAUUUUAAACACGUGAGAACUGCCAGAAGAGCAGCGCUCUGAGUAAGAGGAACGUGGUACAGUAGUGAAGAGGUGUAUAUUUACCUUCACCUUUGAUUCUUCCUGAUAGCCUUUUGACUUAGUUUUACUCAACUAUUAAUCAUCAUUUAUCCUUUUUAAUUUUAGUAGAAUUGUUUCAUUACAUAUAUAUACACCCUUCCGGUCAAAAGUUUUGAAACACUUGACUGAAAUAUUUCUCAUGAUCUUAAAAAUCUUUUGAUCUGAAGGCGUAUGCUUAAAUGUUUGAAAUUAGUUUUAUAGACAAAAAUAUAAUUGUGCCACCAUAUUAAUUUAUUUCAUUACAAAACAAAAAUUUCAUAAUUAAAAAAAUAAUAAUUUUUGAAAUUGAUGACGGACCAAAUAAUAAAGAAAAGCAGCCAAUAAGUGCUCAACAUAGAUGGGAACUCCUUCAAAACUGUUUAAAAAGCAUCCCAGGGUGAUACCUCAAGAAGUUGGUUGAGAAAAUGUCAAGAGUACAUGUCUGCAAAUUCUAGGCAAAGGGUGACUACUUUGAAGAUGCUCAAAUAUAACACAGUUUUGAUUUAUUUUGG